AUGCAUCCCGCCGCACUUCUCCUCCUCUUGCCGGGGCUUGUCGCGGGCUUCACCAUUCCCGCCGACCAGCCCGACGGCGUCUAUAUCGUCAACUUCAGCAACGACGGCGAGGCCAUCCACACGCUUAUCGGCCCGCCCCUGAACCAGACCGAGGUUGCUCAGCUGGCGGCCCGCGCAGCAGCUCCCCGCAAGCCCAUGACGCCCUCGCGCAUCCACGUCCCGCGAGCCCCAGGCAUCGGCUGCGGCAACUACGAUCUCGACCACGGCUCGACCGACGCGGCUGUGGAGGCGCUGAAGUUCCAGUGCCAGCCCGGCGCCAUCAACCGGGGCAUGGACUUCUACUCGAUCGCCGGGAGCACCGUCGCGUACAUCUGCAACUACGGCAGUAACGCCUGGGCCUGCCAGCGGAGCGACAUCACCAACGACCUCCAACUGAUCACGAACGUCUGCGGCUGGUACAGGGCCGGGUGGCGCGAGUACUGGCGCGACGGCAACACGGGCGCCCAGACCGGCUACGAGAACAGGGACGCCAACUUCUGCGGCCGUGGCAUUGAUGGAUAG